GCUCCGACCCCCAUCGAGCUGAUGACUCCGUCGAGCCGCGCUUGCUCGCGGGGCCCUCUGAGGGUCGCGGCGCCGGGCGGCCGCGAGGUAGACUGGGCGGCGCGCGACGCCGUCAAGCCUCGCGGCGACCCUGGUCUAAAGCCGGGGCGGGUUGAGACCGAGCUGCAGGAGCGCCUCGCGAACCUGGGCGCGCCCGGGGCCGCAGGGGGGCGGUCCAGCAUGACGUUCGGCGUCGCCGCGUCGCUGGGCGCGUGCUCGGCCGCGACUCUGCGCAGAGUGGGCCUCGGCUCGAGCGCGCGCGGCAACUUCGAGGUGGCGAACUUUGCGGGGGGCGCGCCUGGCUUCGGCUACCAGCCGCUCUUGCCGGAAGCGCCGCGGCCCCGC